CGGAAGUGACGCGCCGGCGUGCUGACGCGCGGGCUCGAGCCGAGGCCGAUUCCGCGCCCGCCAUGGCCGACAAAAUGGACAUGUCUCUGGACGACAUCAUUAAGCUGAACCGGAGCCAGCGAGGCGGCCGCGGCGGAGGCCGGGGCCGCGGCAGGGCCGGCUCCCAGGGCGGCCGUGGCGGCGGAGCGCAGGCCGCCGCGCGAGUGAACCGAGGCGGCGGGCCCAUUCGGAACCGGCCGGCCAUCGCCCGCGGCGCGGCGGGCGGCGGCGGCAGGAACCGGCCGGCGCCCUACAGCAGGCCGAAACAACUUCCUGACAAGUGGCAGCAUGACCUUUUCGACAGCGGCUUUGGGGGUGGCGCAGGCGUGGAGACUGGUGGGAAACUGCUGGUGUCAAAUCUGGAUUUUGGAGUGUCCGACGCCGAUAUUCAGGAGCUCUUCGCUGAAUUCGGGACUCUGAAGAAGGCGGCUGUGCAUUACGACCGCUCCGGGCGCAGUUUAGGAACAGCUGACGUGCACUUUGAACGGAAGGCAGACGCCCUGAAAGCUAUGAAACAGUACAACGGCGUCCCCCUGGAUGGCCGCCCCAUGAACAUUCAGCUCGUCACGUCACAGAUUGACACGCAGCGGAGACCCACGCAGAGUGUAAACAGAGGCGGGAUGACUAGAAGCCGUGGCUCCGGGGCUUUCGGCGGCGGCGGCACCCGGAGAGGCACUCGUGGAGGAAGCCGGGGCCGAGGCAGAGGCACCGGCCGGAGUUCAAAGCAGCAGCUUUCUGCAGAGGAGUUGGAUGCGCAGCUGGAUGCUUACAACGCGAGAAUGGACACCAGUUAAGGAGAGCAGCAGACCCUCGAGUGGAGCAGGACCCAGAUGUCUCCUCCGUGCUCCCUGGUGGGAGGGGCCCGUGGACUGGGGCUGUGCAGCCAAUGAUGGAUUUGUUUCUUUUGUGUUUUAAAAUAGGAUUUAAAAACUCAUGUAAAGGUUUUUUUUUUCUUUCCUUUUUUUUUUUUUUUUUUUUUUUUUAAAUUCUGAAGCAGCCCUGUUUUGUACCGAGUUAUUUUUGGGAUAAAUGUUACCGGUUGCUGUUGUGGGGAAGGUGGUGUUUUCACCUUUGCCAUAAUAAAACAGAGACGUGUGUGGAA